ACGGCGAGGAUAAAGCAAGAUGGCGUCUGACGGUGAAGACGAGUCGUCACAGUUCAAUGUUCUUAAUCUGUGCGUCCAUGUACACAUAUAUGUCGUUUAUUAGACUCUAUUAAAUAGAGUAAACAUCGUUAAUAAUUGUUUGCAUCCGGUUAUAUUAGUCUGAGCGCACGUUGUUGCUUCUCGAGCUAGCUUAGCUUGCUAAUUAGCUUAGCUUGUUAGCUGCUAACAAAGAGAGGCGGAAGUGGUCAAAACACAUCGCUAAGUAGAGAUCAAAUGUGAGUGUAAAGUGUUGUGAUUGUGUGAAAAUGUGCGAAAGAACGAUAGCAAAGUAUGAGGAGGAACUUUGUCCAACAAAAGAGGAGAAGGAGCGACAACAUCAAAAACAUCAAGUUGUGUUACACAGAACAGACAUCCAUCAGCUGAUUGAACACCAAGAAGAAUGUCUCCCUCAUCUGCAGGGGGACAGUUUCACUUCAGAGUAUCCACAGCCCUCCCAUUUUAAAGGGGACAAGGAGGAUCCACAGCCCCCCUAUUUUAAAGAGGAAGAGGAAGAGGAAGGAGAGUGUCCUGUAGGGCAGGAGGAGGCUGAUCUCACCAAGUUUCCACUGACUGUUGUCUCUGUGAAGACUGAAGAGCAUGAAGACAAACCACCUGAGUCCUCACAGCUUCAUCACAGUCCAAACGUCUGUGAAGAACAUCUUCUCUCUGAGCAACAGAAGUGGAGCUUCAGGAUGGACGAGGAGGAGCCACAGCCCUCCCACAUUAAGGAGGAAGAAGAGGUGUCACAUACAUUGCAAAUGCAAAGGGAAGAAAAUAACCCACUGACCUCCCAUUUUAAAGAGGAAGAGGAGGAACACAGCAUCAGUCACGAAUGGUUGGAGGAGUUCCAUGUGGUUGUGAAGAGUGAAGAUGAUGAGGUCAAAGGUGAAAGUGAGGAGACAAGAGAGGCGGAGCCUCCAAGCAGCAGCUCAACUCAACACAUGACAACAGAAGCUGAUGGAGACCACUGUGGAGGAUCACAAGCAGACAAGAUCUUAGCUCCACUAUCAGAUAGUGAGGACACAACGUCACACUCUCCUGACACUGAUGAUGAAAACUCCAAAGAUGAUAAGACAUGUCACACUGACAACACCCGCUUCGCAUGUUCUCUCUGUGACAAAACUUUUAAAGACCAUAGUAAUCUGAAAAGACACAUGAGUACACACACCGGAGAGAAACCUUUUUCCUGCUCAGAAUGUGGUAGAGAUUUUAGACUAAAACACAUGCUGAAAGUACACAUGAGAACACACACUGGAGAAAAACCUUUUUUAUGUUCAAUCUGCGGUAAAGAUUUUACUCAAAAGCAACAUUUGAAGAUACACAUGAGAAUACACACUGGAAAAAAACCUUUUUCAUGUUCAAUCUGCGGUAAAGAUUUUACUCAUAGGCACUAUUUGAAAAUACACAUGAGAAUACACACUGGAGAAAAACCUUUUUCCUGCUCAGAAUGUGGUAAAGGUUUUGUAAUAAAUCAAAGUUUAAAAGUACACAUGAGAACACACACUGGAGAAAAACCUUUUUCAUGUUCAAUCUGCGGUAAAGAUUUUACUCAAAGGGAGCAUUUCAAAGCACACAUGAGAAUACACACUGGAGAAAAACCUUUUUCAUGUUCAACAUGCAGUAAAGAUUUUACUCGAAGGGACCAUUUCAAAACACACAUGAGAAUACACAAUGGAGAAAAACCUUUUUUAUGUUCAAUCUGCGGUAAAGAUUUUACUCGAAGGGACCAUUUCAAAACACACAUGAGAAUACACACUGGAGGAAAAACGUUUUCUUGCUCAGAAUGUGGUAAAAGUUUUGUACUAAAUCGAAGUUUAAAAGUACACAUGAGAACACACACUGGUGAGAAACCUUUUAUAUGUUCAGUAUGUGGUAAAAGUUAUAUAGAAAGACAGCAAUUAAAAUCACACAUGAUAACGCACUCUGGUGAAAAACCAUACUCCUGUUCAAGCUGCAACAAAAGCUUUGGUCACCCAAACACUCUUACAGUACACAUGAGAACACACACAGGAGAGAAAGUGUUGAGUUGCAGUGUGUGUGGUGAAAGAUUCUCUUAUAAGUACCAGUGUAAGAAACACAAGUGUGCUGGUGAGAACAGCAGCAGCAAAUGAAGAUGCAGGAUUUGAAAUUAACUGUCAAAACUUUGUUAACUUUGACUUUGUAACAACAUCAGCACAUAACUGUAUAACACGUGUGACAUCAUUGUAGUGUGUGUGUAACACAAUCUUGUUUUUAUGAUUCUAACAUUUAUAGAUUAGUGCUUUUAUUUCAGUCAAGUACAAGAGUUAAUAUACACAUUUGUAUACUUUAAAAUAAACAGAACAAUUUGACUGAAAAGGUGAGAAUAAACAGUACAUAAAAUAUGUUACAUACAAUAAACAUUUUAUGUGUUGAUAUUCAUAAUUCACUUUCAUACUUAUUCAUAUUAGUGUUUUAUAUAUGUUUUUUGAAUGAUGAAGUGUUACAUAUUUUAUUUUCUAAUUGUAGAUAAUUCCAUAGAUGAACUCCUUUAUAUGAUGUACAUAUUUGUUUUACAUGUGUUCAUACCUUUGCUUUUGAGUACUCAUAAAUCCCUCUUAGUUCAUAUUUACUGGUUCACAUCUGAAACAUCUUCUGGAAGCAUAUUAUUAUUUACUUUAUACAUCAUUUGAACAGUUGUCUUUUAUACAAUUUUAAAAUGUGUGACUUUAUGAAUCAUUUGUUGGAUCUCUAUAAUCCAUUCUAUUAAUUGUCUUUAUUACUCUCUUGUGUAAUAUGAAUAUUGUUUUGUGAUUGUUUUAUAUGUUUGUCCCCAGACCU